AUGAAGAAGGAUGCCAAGAAGAAGAAGGCUAAAGACUCAAUUGGAGCGAGAGUCAAGAGGAUGAAAAAGAAAGAUGGCAAGAGCGCCUCCUCUGGACCUCACUCUCCCUCGCUGUUGAAGAGUCAGGAUGUCGUUAACCUCGUCAUCCAAGCUCACGGCAAGAGUAAUCUAGCCAGGACUUGUACCGACGAUGAAACCCCUGAAACUGUCCCGGAGGGUUGGUUCUGCAUUCACGAGAAAUACAUAUCCAAGUGUCACCUUAGGUUCCCUCUCCCAACCCUCUUCCUAGAUCUCCUAAAGCACUAUCAAUUGGCCCUUUCCCAACUUUUCCCCUCGGUUAUCCGAGUGGUGAAUGGAUUCAUCACCAGGGCUAAGGAAGAAGGAGUUAUCGUAAGGUUGAGUGAGCUGAUGAGUCUGUUUUUGAUAAAGGAGAGCUCUUCCAAGGAUGGCGGAAGCUGGACCUAUUACCUUCCCUGUCGUCCGGGGCUAGGCAUUUUUAAGUUUACCGCCAGUGAUGAUGACUGGCGAAAGAAGUAUUUCUAUGUCAAGAUCGACCCUUCGACGGUUCCUGUAGAGAUUGAGGACCCUGUCAAGUUAUCCGGUAAACUCACCAGAGCUCUCUAUAGGAAGCUGCAGCACAUCCCUAAUACCUGGGGAGCUUAUACUACCACGAGAGUUGGAUCAGCUAGGUUCCCUGAACGAUACAAGGCUUCCUUUCCUGAUUCAGUUACGGUUGCUGGUUUAGAGGUCUCUGAAGGUGAAUCGAUAUUCUCAGUCUCGUCGGGAGCUAGUACCUCAGAAAGGACUCAGUCGCACAAGAUGCCUAUCCAGCCCUCGUUCCGUUCCAGGGUCUUGGAUGACUCGUGGGGUUUGGCUACGCUGAUGAGGCACAUGAAGAGAACCGGGUGCGCCCUCCCUUCGAUCACCAAUCUUGCGAACAAAGAGGAGUACGUUGAGAUUGCCCAUUGCAUGGGUCAUCUGGCUGGAGCUAUCAAUAGGGCUCAGUUCAAGUUUGAGGAAACUGUACACAAUGCCCCCAAUGCUGGUGAGCUAGCUCAGGUUACUGAGCUAGUCAGAGCUAUUAAGAUGGAGCUUGAUCAGGCUCGGGUUCAGGUCUCUGAACUUCAAGCCGAGGUCAAGAGACUUGGCUCUAAGGCCGACAUUCAGCAAGGGAAGAUCGAGAGUCAAAUGAUGGACAUCCAGGUGAAGGGUAGGAAGAUCGCUGAGUUGGAGUCUGCUCGGAAGAUAGCCGAGUAUCAGGUCAAGGAACUGAUUGCUUCGUCUCAAGACAACCAGAGGAACAAGGAAGCUGAGGUAAAGCUAGCCGUUAGGAGAGGAAAAAAGGAGGUAGCUGAUGCUUACAACAAGGUCUUGGUUUCCGUCAAGGAGAAGUUCUCCAAGAAGAAGGAUGAAGUCGAUCUUCUGAUUUAUGCUCAAGAACUUCAGACUAAUACUGAGCUCCUAAAGGACAUGCUGAACAACGAGAUCAAGAGUGCUGAAGAGGAGUACAACCGCUUGGUGACUAUGAUGCCAGAGGCGUUUGCUGCGUACGAAAAGGCUCAAUACGGUUCUAACUUAGGCUUGGUGGGUUCUUACUCAGCCCCAGUUGAAGCCACCCCGGGAGAUGACGACAAGGAAAUGGAGGAAGAGGUUCCUGACAAGGAAGAUGAUCCAGUCGAUGAAGGAGCUAAGAAGAGCUCCGGUGAUAAGGAAGUUUAA